CUCUGCGUGCGCACCGCCCGGAGCCCGCCUCCGUGAAAGACUGCCGGGCGCAUGCGGCCGGGCGGUGCACUGGCGGCCCGGGACCCAGCGCGCGUCGCACCCGUAGCUCCUUAGCCGAGGGCAGGCCUGGAAGCCGGCCUCAGGCAGGCUGACUCCAGGGAUCCCGGGGGAGCCGCUCUCCUGCGCAGGAAUCGGCGGCGCGAGCUGAGCCCGGCGCGGGACAGCCACCUCGCCGGCUGACGGACACCGUUCCCACCAAUCAGGGUCGAAAAGUAAAAUGAAGUACAUACUAGUUACCGGUGGUGUUAUAUCAGGAAUCGGAAAAGGAAUCAUCGCCAGCAGCGUGGGGACGAUACUGAAGUCAUGUGGUUUACACGUAACUUCAAUUAAGAUUGACCCAUACAUUAACAUUGAUGCAGGAACAUUCUCUCCGUAUGAACAUGGUGAGGUGUUUGUGCUGGAUGAUGGUGGGGAAGUAGACCUUGACCUGGGGAACUAUGAGCGCUUCCUUGACAUCCGGCUAACCAAGGACAAUAAUCUGACCACUGGAAAGAUCUACCAGUAUGUCAUCAACAAGGAACGCAAAGGAGAUUACUUGGGGAAAACCGUCCAAGUCGUCCCUCACAUCACAGACGCGAUUCAGGAGUGGGUCAUGAGACAGGCAUUAAUACCUGUGGAUGAAGACGGCCUAGAACCCCAAGUGUGCGUGAUUGAGCUCGGUGGAACAGUGGGAGACAUAGAAAGCAUGCCCUUUAUUGAGGCCUUCCGUCAGUUCCAGUUCAAGGUCAAGAGAGAGAACUUUUGUAAUAUUCACGUCAGUCUUGUUCCUCAGCCAAGUUCAACAGGGGAGCAGAAGACUAAACCCACCCAGAACAGCGUUCGAGAGCUCAGAGGGCUUGGGCUUUCUCCAGAUCUGGUGGUGUGCAGGUGCUCGAAUCCUCUUGACACGUCAGUGAAAGAGAAGAUAUCCAUGUUCUGCCACGUUGAACCUGAACAGGUGAUCUGCGUCCACGAUGUCUCGUCCAUCUACCGAGUCCCCUUGUUACUAGAGGAGCAGGGGGUCGUAGACUAUUUUCUCCGGAGACUUGACCUUCCCAUCGAGAGGCAGCCGCGAAAAAUGCUGAUGAAGUGGAAAGAGAUGGCAGACAGAUACGAUCGCUUGCUGGAGACCUGCUCUAUUGCCCUUGUGGGCAAAUACACCAAGUUCUCGGACUCGUAUGCGUCUGUCAUUAAAGCUCUGGAGCAUUCUGCACUGGCCAUCAACCACAAGUUAGAAAUCAAGUACAUAGAUUCUGCCGACCUGGAGCUGAGCACACUGCAGGAGGAGCCCGUGCGUUACCACGAAGCCUGGCAGAAGCUGUGCAGCGCUCACGGAGUGCUGGUUCCAGGGGGAUUUGGUGUUCGGGGGACAGAAGGAAAAAUCCAAGCCAUCGCCUGGGCUCGGAAACAGAAGAAGCCUUUUUUGGGUGUGUGCUUAGGAAUGCAGUUGGCAGUGGUUGAAUUUUCAAGAAAUGUGCUGGGAUGGCAAGACGCCAAUUCUACAGAGUUUGACCCUAAGACCAGUCAUCCUGUGGUCAUAGACAUGCCGGAACACAACCCUGGGCAGAUGGGCGGCACCAUGAGGCUGGGCAAGAGGAGAACCCUGUUCCAGACCAAGAACUCAGUCAUGAGGAAGCUCUACGGAGAUCCAGAUUACCUGGAAGAGAGGCACCGCCACAGAUUUGAGGUGAAUCCAGUCCUGAAGAAGUGUUUGGAAGAGCAAGGCCUGAAGUUCGUGGGCCAGGACGUUGGGGGAGAGAGGAUGGAGAUCGUGGAGCUGGAGGAUCAUCCAUUCUUUGUUGGGGUUCAGUACCACCCUGAGUUCCUGUCCAGGCCCAUCAAGCCUUCGCCUCCGUACUUUGGCCUCCUGCUGGCCUCCGUGGGGAGGCUCCCGCAUUACCUCCAGAAAGGCUGCAGGCUCUCGCCCAGGGACACCUACAGUGACAGGAGCGGAAGCAGCUCCCCCGACUCUGAAAUCACCGAAUUGAAGUUCCCGUCAAUAAAUCACGACUGAUGGUAACGGCGAUUCAAGGGAGCCUUCGGACUGUGAGAGUUUACAAGCUUUGAUUUUACACUCAGCUUUUGACACUUCCUUUAAAUUAUGUUUUUAUUAAGAUUAUUUUAUUACGGGGGAAAGGUAUUUGGAAGACUCUGUGACUCGCAUGUCCCAUCCUGUGUGUCGGCCCCUCCCCAGUGCCACCCCGUGUCGACACCCCACGUGGUCCCCGCCGGGCUCCACCGAGGAGGGGGUCCUCUGGGCGGGGGGUGGAUGACACACGCGCCAGGGGAGUGCCCAUCGAUCACCUCGUUUGUCCAACUACCUCCCGUCCUCGUGGAGGACGUGUGUAGCCCGUUGCUUCCCCUGGAAUGCCUAGACCACAAGGCGUGUGUCCUGUGGGCCGAGCGCGGAGGGAUCAUGUUAGCGAGGGCUGACGACACUUGGUGCUGGUAACCCCAGGGCACUGCCUGCCACCCGGAGUGGCGAAACCGGAACGGCCUCGGCACCGCUCGCUCUGCGGGGCCUCCCACUGCCCACGGCGGCAGGGACGCGGUGGCCGAAGGGAACGGCCCGUUUGGUGUCACAUGGAAUGGCGAGCAGUCGGUCUCUCCGGAGUGCGGUUUCAGAGUCCCUGUCCUCUGGCCGCGUGUCCCUCCCUGGAGCUGGGAAGUACUCCUUGCAUCAAGGGGUUGCUUAAAAAAAAAAAAAAACGAAUCUUUUGGGGAAACUGCCUCUCAAAGCCUCUCCCAUAUAGACAGCUUUGCCCGAGGGGAGUUUUUCCUUCCAGAACGGUGUUACUGCAGUUGAAAUGCAAUCUGAAAAGCUAUUUUCUUAACGUGGUGUAAUCAUAGGCACCGCCGCGUGCCCGCUGUCCUCUGGCUAAGACUCCGUGUAUACUCUAACUUAAGAAAUAAAGAACGCAGAACGAGCCACA